UGCCACAUUCUUAGCCCUAAGCAUGGCAUUGAGUAGUUUUCUUAUAGCUCUGACGUUAGUGGGCUUGGCCCAGGGAGCAAGUUUGAGCCAGGACGAAAGGAUACGCUAUGACAACUACUCGGUGUAUAAGGUCAAGUAUGAAACUCAGGAACAGAGAAGUUUAUUGAGAAAACUCGUGGAGGAUCGAAAAAAUUUCAGACUUUGGCAUGAAGCGAAGGAUGAGUUGCACUUGAUGAUAAGUCCAGGGGCUUUAAGCGAACUUGAGUCUCAAAUCCAGAGGACCAACAUCAGCGCCAAUCUGUUUAUAAGUAAUGUACAGGAGCUAAUUGAUUCGGAGGAAGAUGCCAAUCUUAGAGCUAGCAGAGAUGGCUCCUUUGGUUGGACAAAGUACAAUACGCUGGCGGAAAUUUAUGCAUGGCUUGACGAAAUUCUAGCUGCUUAUCCUGUUAUAACAGAAAGUUUUGUCUUGGGUCAAUCGUUCGAAGGUCGCACUAUUCGGGGCAUUAAGAUCUCCUACAAAUCGAAUAACCCAGGAGUGUUUAUUGAGUCCAAUAUACAUGCAAGGGAGUGGAUUACCUCUGCCACAGCCACUUGGUUGAUCAAUGAGUUCCUUACCUCCACGGAUGAACUGGUGAGGAAUCUGGCCGAGAGUCACGACUGGUAUAUUGUUCCCGUGCUAAAUGUGGACGGCUUUGUUUAUACACAUGAAAAGGACCGCAUGUGGCGUAAAACCCGCCAACCAUCCGAUAUUUCCACUUGCAUUGGCGUCGAUCCCAAUCGCAAUUACGACUCACAUUGGAUGGAGAACGGAGGUGCUUCUUCAAAUCCCUGCGCUGAAGAUUACGGUGGGCCGAAUCCCUUUUCUGAGCCGGAAAUUCAGGCCAUGGCGGAUUUUGUGAGCGGCAUAAAAGACAAAAUAAAUGUGCUGCUGGCAUUCCACUCGUACAGUCAGCUCCUGCUUUCUCCCUAUGGACAUACCUCCGAAGAGUUUCCACCCAAUUUCGAUGAUUUAAUGGACGUAGCUCAGGCUUUUGGUGAUGCAGUUGAGAGUCUACCUUAUGGAACUGUCUACAGAUACGGCUCAUCUGCGGGUAUUCUUUAUGCCGCUUCUGGAGCCACCAUCGAUUGGGCGUACAAUGAACAAGGUGUGGAUAUUGCCUAUACCAUUGAAUUUAGGGACACUGGUCGCUAUGGAUUUAUCCUACCCCCGGUUCACAUUCUUCCGAACGCAGAGGAGGCAUUGAUUGGUAUUGCGGCUCUUUUAGAUAAGUGUGAAGAGUUGGGUUAUCUUAAGCUCAAAAACGCACAGUUCAAAAUGCGUCUGCUUUGGUUGCUUGCCACGGUGGUGGCUCUAACAAGUGCUGGAAUCCUUAAGGAUGCUCCCAAGAAGCGCUAUGAAAACUUCAGGGUAUAUAAGCUGACUAUUCAGAACGAGUUCCAGUUGGCUGUUAUCGAAAAAAUCGCUGAGCUGUCGGAGAAGUACAAUAUCUGGAAGGAUUAUGACGAGCAUACCAAGCAGUUGGACAUUAUGGUUAGUCCCGAGGAGCUGAAGCACUUCCAAAAUCUUAUUAUGUUCAAUAAUAUUGGCAGUGAGCUAAUGAUCGAAAAUGUCCAAGAGCGUAUCGACGAAGAGCAAGUCACGGCUACUGCCGAUGAUGCCACCUUUGGAUGGACGAAGUACUACGAGCUGGAGGAGAUUGAGGCCUGGUUGGAUCAAAUAGUGGAUGCAUAUCCCACGGUGACCGAGAAGUUCAUUGUGGGCGAAUCCUAUGAAGGUCGCACCAUUCAGGGCAUUAAGAUUUCGCACAAGACUGGCAAUCCUGGCAUUUUUAUCGAGUCCAACAUCCAUGCUCGAGAGUGGAUCACUUCGGCCAGUGCCACAUGGUUCAUCAAUCAGCUAUUGACCUCACAGGACGCCGAGGUGCGGAAUUUGGCCGAGAGCUACGACUGGCACAUUGUACCCGUCUUCAACGUAGAUGGUUUUGUGCACUCACACGAAAAGGAUCGUAUGUGGCGCAAGACGCGUCAGCCACAUGCUACAAAUGCGUGCAUUGGAGCUGAUGCCAAUCGGAACUUUAACUCCCAUUGGCUGGAGAACAAUGGAGCAUCUAGCAAUCCCUGCAGCGAGACCUUUGCCGGAGAUACGCCUGAAUCUGAACCAGAAGCCAAGGCCUUGGCCGAGUACCUGACCACCAACAAGGAAAAGUUUAAUGUGUACAUAUCCUUCCACUCUUAUGGACAGUAUCUGCUUUCCCCUUACGGACACACCAAGGAGGAGUUCCCAGAGAACUAUGCCGAUAUCUUAACUAUUGGCAAGGCUUUUGCCGAUGCCAUCGAAGGACUCCCAUACGGCACUGUCUAUCAAUAUGGGUCUACUGCUGACGUGCUUUAUGUGGCCAGUGGAUCCUCUGUAGACUGGGUGUUUAACGAACUGGACAAGAAGAUCGGUUACACAAUCGAAUACCGAGAUAAGGGUCGCUAUGGAUUUAUCCUGCCACCUGUGCAGAUUAUUCCAAACUGUGAGGAGCUGAUGGUUGGAAUGCGGGCUUUGAUUGAAAAGACCAAGGAGUUGGGUUACUUGUAGGGGCACAAUUUAUUUGAUUCGAGUAAGCAUUUACUCGUUUUCAUUAAAAUACCUCAUAUAAGAGGCCAGCAAA